UUUACUUGCCACAGGUCACACAGAGGAAAAAUUAUUUUAUGACUCUGCACUGCCACAGUGAGGACCUUGCCUGCGACUUGACAUUGCAGCAUAAGCUGAGACACAGUGUUGGAUUAUGGAGCAGAAUUUGACAUACCUGCUGGACAGCAGCAACUCUGAGGACAUGCUGGUGGGUUCCACAUCACCAACACCUAACUCCUCUGCCUAUGAAUAUGCCUUUGACUACUCAGAACUACACAUCAUCUGUUAUCCUGAAAGUAUUCCAGCAUUUGCUUCUACCUUGUUUCCAGUGCUCUACUCCCUGCUGUUUGUGACAGGCCUCAUGGGAAAUGCUUUGGUCCUUUGGAUUCUGACAGUCUUCAUCAGAAUCAAGACCAUGACUGAUGUGUAUCUGCUGAAUCUGGCUGUCUCCGACCUCCUUUUGGUAUUCUCCCUGCCCUUCUUGGUUCAGUACUCCAUCAUGAGCCAGUGGACUUUUGGAAAUGCACUGUGUAAAAUCAUCAGUUCAAUUUACUUCAUUGGUUUCUACAGCAAUGUCUUCUUCAUAACCAUCAUGAGCAUCGACAGGUACUUGGCYAUAGUCCACUCUCACCAUGCUCAAGGGAUUCGGACAGCUGCCCGUGGGGUCCUCAGCAGUAUGGUUGUUUGGGCAGUUGCCAUUUUAGCAUCAAUGCCAGACUUUCUUUUUUUCCAGGAAGUGAACGACAAUGAUCAGAUUAAGUGUCUCCCUCACUAUCCUGGUGGCAACAAUGGCUGGAAAAUUCUCAGUAAUUUUAUAGUCAAUAUCCUGGGGUGGCUCAUCCCUGUUGGUGUCCUCAUUUUCUGCUACUGUAGCAUCUUGAAAAACCUGCAAAAGUGCCAUACCAAGGACAAGUACAAAGCAAUAAAACUGGUUUUUACUGUAGUCAUUGUGUUCUUCCUCUCCUGGACCCCUGUCAACAUUGUGCUUUUUUUGGACUCUCUGAGGAACAUGUCCAUCAUCAACGACUGCCAGACAAGCCACAGGCUAGACCUGGCCAUAGAGCUGACUGAGGCACUCUCCUUUGUCCACUGCUGCCUCAACCCGGUCAUCUACGCCUUUGUGGGUGUGAAGUUCAGGAAGUAUCUCCGAGAAGCUUUCAAAAAAUCUGCAUGUUUUCUGGUGAACUGCAAAUACUACAGGGCUUUCAGUGGGCACAGCCUGGACAGGCACUCCUCUCAGAACACAAAGUCUUCACAGCUGUCUUUUGUUGGUCCUGUCUUGUAGAACUAGUCCAUGGAAUGAUAGUCCAAAACUAUCAUUCUGGACAGGUGACCUAUGGUUGAGAAAUCCUCAACUGGUCAUUCACAACUGUGGACUGUUUGCACAGCAUUUUAGAAUGUGAGAAGUGGAAGCAGGUGUUUGAUUUUGCUUUUAUCGCUGAUGCUUUUGGUGCUUUCACUUUUUAGUCUCGUUUUAGCAUCAUCCUCCCUUUCCCUUGGCAUAUCCUGYCCUGCUUACUUUGUGAAAUUACCARCAGACUCCCACACUGCCUGARCAACAUGGAGAGRUACCUUAGAAACAUAACUUMCCCCCUUCAGACUCAGUACUGUUUGUGUUUCCAAACCUUGGACACUCAACAGCCACUCCUUCCUUUGUCUCAGCAGAGAGCAUUGGCUCUGUGAGCAGGAUGGAAGUGACUGCAGGAGUGGGAACUUGCUCUUUGGAGGGAAACAGUGCCCAGGUUUAUGGUAUCAUGCCAGGGACCGG